CUCGAAUACUACGUCUUCUUUUCAUUUCCAGCUAUUUCUGGGAUCACAGAGCAGGACAUACAUAUCAAGAAAAGCAAUUCUGAAUGGCGUCCUCUCAAGAUACUUCCCUGGAGGAAAUUCUCUGGCGGUCUCCCCCGCAUGUCCAGAUGAUGGGCGGCUUUCUUCAUUCAAACAACAUUCUCUUCUACUUCGCGGAAUCCCCCUUUUUCGACUCCACCUCGAACAACGCCUCUCUUGCCAUUCAGGCCAGCUAUAAUGAAACUUUUCGCCAUUUCGUCGAGACUCGGGAAGCCUUCGAGGCCCGAUUGGAAACAAUGCAGGGACUGGAGUUCGUUGUUGCGUAUGAUCCGCUGCAGGCAGCGGCCAAGUUGGAUAACAAUACUUUUGCACAUGAGCCAUCCAACGUCUGGCUGAUUCGGAAGCAGUCGAGACGAAAGCGCUCUGGCUUCGACGAUGAGGUGACGGUCCUGUCGACAUUUUUUGUGGUUGGUGAUUGCAUCUAUAUGGCACCAUCUGUUGCAAGUGUCGUGGGAAAUCGCAUUCUUUCUGCCGUUACAUCUCUCACAAGUCUUUUGAAGACAGCAUCAACCCUGCCAACAUUUACCCCAUCCUACGGACAUACCUAUAUGCCCCCUACUUCGAAGCAAGCGGACUCGAGCCAGUCUGGAAUACAGGAAUCUCAGCAAAGCAAGGAAAGUACGCCCAUGCCCGACGCAGAUAGCCAAACCAAGAACCAAGCGCCACUAGUAGGAUCGCAAGCCAAUAACACCGGCUCUGUUCUUCAGGACACCAGAACCUUGGCAGAAUCAUUCGGCCUCCUUACGAGAUAUGGCGAGGAAUACAUGGAUGAUAACCCGUUGGUUGGGGAGCCUGGUUCUUUCAUCCUGUCCAAAUCAGGCGAUAAAGAUAGAACAGCAGCAGCUAAACAACCACCAGGUGCAAGUACUGCUGUAGCUGUGCCAGCAAAGGUUGGGACACCCCAGGUCAGGGUAGAGACACCUGGGAAAGCAUCUGAGAAGGGGAGUGCGCCGCCUACCCCUGAUGAGAAUAAGUUACGGAAAAAGAAGAGUAGGAUUGGAAACUGAAUUCUUGCUUAAGAUACCCUAUGAG